AUGCUAAAAUUUGACAAUCAUGUCUCGUGUAUUUGUCACAAAGUGAGUGCUCAAAUAAACACCCUUAAUAGACUGAAAAACAUUUUACCACUUAAAACCAUGGAAUCACUAUAUCGUUCGUUCAUACUACCAAAUUUUUGUUACUGCAAUCAAGUUUGGUACCACUGCGGAAAAAUAAACACUACUAAAAUCAAAAAAGUCAUCGAAAGGGCUUUGAGAUAUGUCUGUAAUGAUAAACAUGCAUCCUAUUAGCAUCUCUUGGGAAGGAUAAGACUACCCUCAGUGGAAUCUCGAAGAAUUCAAGACAUGUUAUUGACGAUACAUAAUAGUAUCUCCAUCAGAGCACUACAGCCAAUUAGGAAUCUUAUUCAUUUACGCUCAUCUAAGUACAAUCUUAGGCGCCAAGGAUGUUUUAUCUUUACCUAA